GAAGUCAGUCUCGCUGUAGCGAAUCCGCUGCUCUGAGCGGAGGGGACGAAAAAGGAAAGCAAGCAAGCAAGCAAGCAGGCGGCGGGGCUUCGGGACCUGAGCUGGGCAGAGCCGCUUUGCAUGGUAGAAGCCCUGUGAUUUCCGAAGAUUACGAGUAACCUGGCUUCAGCAUCAACGAUGGACCAGGGUGAUUAUAAUAGCCCCUUUCAGGAGGCACAGCUAACCAAGAUUCUCCUCUACUCCUUCCUGGAGAAGUCUUCCAACUGUGCUUUUGCUUCAGAGCUUCGUGCUUUGAAAAACCAGUUGGUUUCAGAGCAGGACGAUGAUGGGGAGCUUCAGACAGAUGGCAACAGAUUUGGGCAACCUGAGGCCAUCAUAUAUCCAAAUUUAGAAGAAGAGGAAAUUUUCCGGAUUAUCGGAGCUCAGCUGGCUGAAAUCGGAGAUCAGCUGGCUGCCGAGAUUGACCCAUCAUUCGUACAGAACCUUGUGAGGCAGUUUAUGGCGGAGAACAUGUCCAAAGAGGCAAUAACCAAUCACCUGUCUCAAGUAGUGAAGGAAGUUGUGCGAAGGAUCCCUUUGGAAAUGGAGCAGGAGAGAGCCAUGCUAGUGGUAGCUAUGGUUUUAGCCAAAAAAGUAGCAAACACUGUGCCAUCUCUUCUACAACAAGUGUUCAGCACAACUGUGAACUACAUCAACCAGAACCUCCGUGAUUAUGUGAACAACUUGGAACGUGAGGUGAUAUAAAAUAAAAUCUAGGUGUUGCUAUUUAAUUAUCUCCAUGCCCAGUGAAUAAUUCAGCCCAACUUUGGAAGCUAGGGGACAAAGGAGUGGUUAUUCAGGCCGUGUGAAAUGUUGUAGGAAUGGAGUUUGUUGGGUCCCUUCAUGUGUGAAUAGGAUGCACAACUGGGGCCCAUGGGCAAGUGGUGCUGGUUGUGGCCAGAGACAAAACAGUGGGGCAUGACUUAUACAGUCUCCCCGUCUUGCAUCCUUGCAUGCAAGAGGUAGUCACUACAGUUCAAGUGACACAUUCCAGCCAGACAGAGGGACUUGAGGGUGCACAGUGGGGCCCACAGGGGAAAUGGACUGGGGGAAAUCCCAAGGGCCUGACGUUCCUUACACUUCCUCUAUUAGGAUGAGGGAAUCAAGCAUUUUUUACUCUGUUUGGUGUGUUAGCCUAACUCCAAGUUCACCAAAUUUGGGGGGCUUGCAAACCAGAGAAAUCAUUGUUAGCAACACACAAAGAGACCCCUGAAGCUGGUUUCAUCAACUGCAAAAUUUCAGUUGCAGCAGGGAGGAGUCAGGGAAGGCUGCUGCAGGCACAUGUGUGUCCACAGAUGCCACAUUGGCAAUCUGUAUUCUGACUUGUGAUCCUGCCUUCAGUUGGACCCUAAAGGGAUGGGCUGGGGAAACCCAGCCAGAUGGGUGGGGUAUAAAUAAUAAUAAUUAAUAAUUUAUUAUUAUUAUUUUAUUUAUUACUGUGCAUACAUGCAGGGCAUGUAUGAAAGAAAAAGCCUUUUGGCGUUCACUUGUUUGGGAAAUACCUAAAUAUGUGGACCAUUGAAUAUAACUGUAGCGGACGGCUGAACAUAACUCCCUCUUUUCU